UGUAAACAACAAUAAUGAGAAUAAAAUGGCCUCCAGCGCUCUGUCUGUAGCAUUAACGUUGUUUAUUUGCCAUUUGACCAUUGACUCUUGCUGUGGUAUAAAAGUCAGAGUGGAGCCCAGUGAAUUGCGUCUUCAGAAAUAUGUUGGUGAUACCCUCACUCUAACCUGCUCUGUUAAAUAUGAACAGGAAGAAGAAUCCAAAUUUAAGAUGACAUGGCUUAUUCCCACAAAUGCGGAAAAGAGAGUCUUCUUUGAUGAAGAUGCUGGAAAGGCCAGAGUGACUGUUGUUGACUUGGAAGAAACGGACGGAGGAAAUUACACAUGUGGCGUUGAAGCAGAGCCCGAAACACCCGUGAAAAAAAUAGUGCUGGUUGUUGUUUUGCCACGUGGUCAAGUAUCUCAUUGUUCACCGGAUGCAUUCAACUGUGCUAUUGGACACUGUAUUCCGCCUCGCUACAAGUGUGAUGGUCGUCCAGACUGCCUUGAUGGCUCUGAUGAAAGGCAGGAGCACUGUGGUCCUGAUCCGUGCAAAGAUAAGCUUGCCUGUGACGAUGGACGUUGCCUUGCUCAUAAAAUGUGUUGCCGAGAACGGGACCUCUCACCUCCUAAUUGUACCAUAAUGCCUACAAUACAGUGCUGUAGACAACUUGUGCAUCCUGCACUUCUAGAUCAAGAUCUGUAUUACUGGGAAGCAAAGUCCAGCCAGUGGAACAACCAACCAGAUUCCACACUUGUUAUGGGAUGUAUUGUGGCAGUUGCAAACUUGGUAACGGUAGCAAUUAUUGUUGGAGUACGAUACCACCUAUGGCGCUCGAAUGGGACCACCUCUCGUGCUCACUAUCACAUGAAUCGACUGAGAUCAGCAACUCUCCGUCCAUUUGGUCUGGGCUCUUCCGUCUCCCCACCGUCGACCACAGAUCAGUAUCAGCUAAGAUCAGCCGAUAGCAUUUAUGCAAGGAGAAUUCCAGGAUUACGUUCUGAUUUACUGGCUCCAGAAAUUGUGCGGGAGCAGCGUCAACAAUGUACACGUCAGCAGCGGCCAUUUAGUGGGGGAGUUGUCUUGUGUCCUCCCUCAAGUUCUCAGCCUCCACAUUACUCACAGCUUCCGGUCACUCCUUCAGGCCCACCUCCCUCUUACCAUCAGGUUGUUGGAGCACCUCCACCGCCAUACUCAUCACGUGACGAUCUUACUGUAGCAAACUCAAAUGAAGGUUCAUCUCUCUCCCUGCUCUCGCCACUCCUUCACAACGCCAUCAACAACAACAACAAUGGGGACAUAAACGGGAACAAUACGCCACACCUCACCGUAAUGCACAACCAUAACAUGGGCCAUGCUGUAGCUUCUACAUCAAGUUCCUCGCAUUAUGCAGGCCAACAGACUCGAGGUAAUAAAUAAGAUACCAUCGUAAAGGUUUCUUAUGCAGUAUUCCUGUUUGCUUCAACAUGUGGUUGUCAAUGUGUAAACAAACUUGUGAAACUGUAGCAGCUACACGUACAAGGAAGGUUUUUAUUAGCCACUUUCGUAGUGCCAAGAAUAGAUUCGAGACUUUAAGGUCAUCAAGAAUGAUUUGCUAACAUAGGUUAAUAAAUAUUGUUGUGUGUUAUGAUACUUUAAAUGGAGGUUAAGUUGGUUAAUACAGACAAUAACUAUGUUGUAAAUAAAUCACUCUUGUCAUUUGUGAACUUACAGAGUAUCUUUCCCAUACAAAAUAUAAUGUGAAAUAUAUUGCCACAUCAUAUGGCAAUUCCUUAUCUUUUAAAAUGUCAAUUUCUAGUGGUGUUUGUGUAAAUAAAAAAAUAUUUUACAUAAUAUGUUACAUACAAUACAAAUAUUGUAUGUAAUUUAUAAUAGAUUGUCUUGAAGUAGGUAAACAUACAUGCAUACAUAUAUAUGUCAUACUUGAUAGCCAGAAUGCACUACUUGGCCUAGUAUGCAAGGCCAGAAUUGCCUAACAAACAGAGAUUUUUGUUAUUUUCAAAUAUUUCUUUUCAAAUUGGUUUAUUUGAAUUAAUAUCAUUAUAUUAUAUUAUAUUAAGAACAUGAAUUACUGACUUAGUUAGGUGAGGUUAGGUAGAUUAGGUUAGGUUUGAUCAGAUUUCUAUGUUAGUUUUAACUCAAAUUCAUCUCCUGUAUUACUACAAAUUUAACACCGAGUGCCAAAGUCAAACGAUAAUAUUCAUAAGAAAUGUUGGACAAUCUUUAUUGAUUUUGUUUUGUUUAUCAAGUAAGUUGUGAAAAGGGGUUGUGAAUCUGGCAACUAGUAAGCUCUUAGAUUAUGUUUAUGUAACUCUGAAUAUAGAAUUCCCAUAGUUUUCUUUUUUUAUACGUUGGCAGCUUUACUUUCAUAUAAAUACAUAUACAUAUAUUCUCUAUACAAUGUCCUUUAAUUUUUUGUAUAUUGAUGCUAUAUUUCCAAGCAAAAGGUUCUUAAAAUAAUGAUUAAUAUUGGAAAGCAUUAAGAGUUCUUUCUGCAUAUCUAGAUAUCUUGGAGAAUCUGUUCUAAGUUGUCUAAUACAGUGCUUAGGACACAAACAACGUCUGAAGGAUUAGAUUUGCCACGAAUCAAGAUUUGCCUCCGAUAUUUGACUUAUUAUAAGUAUGCUUGAUAUUGUGGUUCAUGUAUUGCACAAAGCUGAGCCUGGAGCAAUAGUCCAAGCAGGAAAACAUAGCGUCAAGGAAGGAAGCUCUCGCCUGCUGGGAGGUGUUCCAAAACAUUGUCGGCUGCUCGUUGUGGGCUGGCCCGUAUUGUUGGGCAAAGGUAAAUUGGAAUUAAUUCAUUAUUAUUAUAUUUUUUUUUUAGUUUUAUACUUUUUAUUUAUAUCUCAUAUUGUUAUUAGUGUUUUGAGUUUGGCAGUCUUUGCAGUAGCAGUUUCUUGUUAUUACUUUUGCUGUAUCUUACAUCUUCUGACUUAGGGAGGUCCAUUCUAUUAAGCAGUUACAUGGCUUAACUUUGAAAUUCCCAAAACAUUUUAAAUUUGACAU